AUGGAGUCGAAGCAGGUGGGUGUUGUGGGUGCAGGUAUUAGCGGUCUAGUCACAUGCAAGUACCUUCUCCAAAAAGGUUUUCAGCCGGUGGUCUUCGAGGCCGGCCGGUCCAUCGGUGGAGUGUGGGCGAGCCCACUCGGUUCGACCCGGUUACAGACCCCUGCUGAACUUUACCAGUUCACCGACUUCCCGUGGCCGGAAUCGGUGACCGGGGCGCCCAACCACAAGCAAGUGAUGGAGUAUUUGGAAGCUUAUGCUCGCCGGUUUGACGUUAUAAGGCAUGUGAGGUUUGGGGAGAAGGUGGUGGGUUUGGAGUAUGUUGGACCGGACCAGGAGGAGAUGGAGGCCUGGGAUUUGUGGGGUGGAACUGGUGAUGGGUUCGCCGGAGCUGGGCGUGGAGUCUGGCAUGUCACCGUGGAGAAGGAAGAUGGGGCUAAGGAGGAGCAUGUUAUGGACUUUGUGGUCCUUUGCUUAGGAAGAUUUAGUGGACUCCCAAAAAUACCUAGCUUCUCUGAGAGUAAAGGUCCUGAGGCCUUUAAUGGUAAGGUAAUUCACUCCAUGGACUUAGCCAAAAUGGGAAGCAGUGUUGCAGCUGAAUUUGUGAAAGGGAAGCGAAUCAUUGUCAUCGGUUUUCUUAAAUCAGCUCUUGAUGUUGCUGCAGAAUGUGCUGAUAUCAAUGGUGUGGAGCUUCCUUGCACGAUGAUUGUUCGAACUAAACGAUGGAACUUACCAGAUUUCUCAGCCUGGGGCGUCUCCUUCGGUUACUAUUACUUUAAUCGCUUCUCAGAGCUACUCUUUCAUAAGCCAGGAGAAGGAAUCAUGCUAAGCCUCUUGGCAACACUACUUUCUCCUUUAAGAUGGGUUAUAUCUAAGUUUGUUGAGAGCUACAUCAAGAAAAUCACCCCAAUAAAGAAGUAUGGAAUGGUUCCGGACCACAGCUUCUUUCAAGCUAUGAGUUCCUCCUUAUUUGCUUUACUACCUGAAAAUUUCUAUGAGAGAGUGAAAAAUGAGAGCAUUAUUCUCAAAAAUUCAAAAAGCUUUGAGUUCUGCAAGGAUGGCAUAAUCCUGGAAGGUGAAUCUAUGCCCAUAAAAGCUGAUCUAGUGAUAUUUGCUACUGGCUUUAAGGGGGAUGAGAAGCUUCGAAACAUCUUUGAAUCUCCAUCACUUAAGAAGAUUGUGACAGGCUCAUUGGAAAAUACAGUUCCACUUUAUAGAGAAUGCAUAAAUCCAAGGAUUCCACAAAUGGCAAUAAUUGGAUACUCAGAGAGCUUGUCAAAUUUAUAUACUUCAGAGAUCAGAGCAAUGUGGCUAACACAUCUUCUUGAUGGAGGAUUUCAUCUCCCGAGCAUAAAAUUGAUGGAAGAAGACAUGAAAAAAUGGGAUAAAUACAUGAAGGAAUACAGUCAUGAGUAUUAUAGGAGAUCUAGCAUAGGGAUCAUACAUAUAUGGUAUAAUGAUCAACUCUGUAAAGAUAUGGGUUACAAUCCUAAGAGAAAAAAAGGGUUCUUCUCUGAAUUAUUCAUGCCUUAUGGACCAAAUGAUUAUAUUGGUCUUAGGUCUAAAAAGAAAUGAUAAUAUCUCUCUAAGAUCAUUGCAAGGAACCAAUAAUGAUAUCAAUGUUGAUUAUCAGCUUCAGUAAUGUCUCCUUCAUAUAAGGAUAUGAAUGUUGUUUAGAUUGAAUGGCUACUCAAUGGGCUUAAAGGAAUAAAAGCUAAUGAUAUUAUCAGAA